AUGGCAGAGAUACGCGUCGUGAUCCUGGGAUCAGGCUGGGCCGGCUUCACAGUCGCGCGAACUCUCGACCCAUCUAAAUUCCAAGCUGUAGUUGUAUCUCCAAGGUCUUACUUUGCCUUCACCCCGCUCCUUGCCAGCACUGCAGUGGGCACACUCGAGUUCCGCACUGCUCUAGAGCCAGUGCGAAGUCGGCGCACCAAAGUGGAUUUCUUCCAGGGAUGGGCUGAUGAUGUGGACUUCAAGAAUAAGAGCAUUACGAUUGAGGAGGCCGUGGAUGAUCCUACGCAGGGCAUGGCGUUGACGACAGAUCGUCAUGCGGGUGAAACGAAAGAGCAGAGAGAGGCUGAGAAGAAGAAGGAGGUGGCUAAGGGGAGGAUGUUUGAUCUGACUUAUGAUAAGUUGGUGGUCACUGUGGGGUGCUAUAGUCAGACGUUCAAUACUCCUGGUGUACGAGAACACGCAUACUUUCUCAAAGACGUUGGGGACGCGCGAAAGAUUCGGAACAGACUUCUGGCUUGCUUUGAAGGCGCGGCACUACCUACAACAAGCGAGGAGAUGAGACGACAACUACUCCACUUCGCAGUUGUCGGUGGCGGACCGACAGGAAUUGAGUUCAGUGCCGAAUUGCAUGAUCUGAUCAACGAAGACAUGGCAAAAAUCUACCCCGAGCUGAUUAAGUACCACAAAAUCACAGUCUACGACGUUGCAGAGAAGGUCUUACCCAUGUUCGACGAGAAACUGGCAGGAUACGCCAUGCAGAAAUUCAAGCGUGAGGGCAUCGAUAUCAAGACGAGCCAUCAUGUUGAGGAAUUGAGUACAGGAGCACCAGUAGAACGAAGUGCUUCCGACAAUGUAGACGACUACCGUCUCUUCACGCUCAAGAUCAAAGAAGAAGGUGCAAUCGGCGUGGGCAUGUGCGUAUGGAGACUAAUGCAAAACCCCUUCGUCGCCCACGCACUCGACGGCGUUCGCGAAGCUCCCUCCAACCUCCGUCUGCUCGAAUCAGAUUCACCCUCCUCCUCCUCCUCCACCACCCCAUCCUCCCCUCCAACUAAAUGGAAACUCCAAAAGACCCCAAAUCAGGCUCCAUCAUCACCGACGACGUCUCGCGUCGAACUCGUCCCCAGACACUUCUCCUCUUCCCCACUCAGCGAUCCACCCGACGUCUUCGCCCUCGGCGACUGCGCAUCAUGA